GCAAGUUUUACAACUGCAUGCUUCCGGCAGGGUGAGAUUAUGAGAAAUUGAAAGUGAUUUUAGAGAGUACGACUUCCCUUGAGCAUCAACUCACUGAUAUGGAGCCAACAGUUGGAAAUGAUAAAAAGAAAGACUUGGAAACUUAUUUUGGAUGCAAAGGGCCUGAUAGAGUUGAAAUCCAUCCUCCUACCAUUGGAGUCACGAAGGGAAGGAAAAGGAGGAUUAAGAGUGGUGUGAAGAAGGGUCAAGAAAAACAAAAGCCCACUAGACGUUGUGGUUCAUGCAACAAAAUGACUACACAUGACAUCCGUAAUUGUCCAUUGAAAAACAACAGGAUGGCUCUCGAAAGGUUGGUCUUCCGGAGCGUUACAACUUGGGGUAUAACACAGCUCAGACGCUUUCUCUCUCCCAGGGAAUAGCAACUUUUAACGCAGCUCAAACGCAAGGAGAAUUGCAAAAUCAGCGACUCACUCUGUCAACAUAGCUCCAUGUUAGAAUUGAAGAACCACGGAUCUGGAUCAACGCCAACAGUUGGUCGGCCAGUGUAGCUCUGAACGAAGGCAAAUGAACGGCAACGGCCAAGGUCAGACCGACGCUGCUCCAGGUUGUUCUGCUUCAAUUCUAAUGCUCAAAUUAUAAUUUGGGAUUCCACAAAUUAUUGGUUUAGAACGUUCAAUCUGGAAUUUUUUUUGGAAUUUUGAUUAUUUGAUGCAAUUACAGUGCUAUAGAGAAGAUUAAUUGUUAUUGAAAAGUUCAUAUAUGCAAUCCAACAUAUGUUCUCUGUUGGAUUUGAUUUGAAAUCCGAUUUUUCAUAUACUCCGUAUGUUCUUGGAAUAGUUUUCAUUAUGUAGCAGUAAAUACUCAUCUCCAAUCUGUAGAAUUGCCCAAGCGGACUCAGAAUGAAAAAAAGCCUGCUAAUUACUCUAUAUUCUUUUUUUUUGUGAAAAAUAUUUUUCUGUUUCUAAUUACACCCACAGACCCAUCUAGACAGGUUGAUAGGAAUGGUGUCUCCCCAAUCUAAUUCAUUGAGGAACAUUCUUCAAAGAUGUACCCCUGUCAAAAGUCUGACACGAAAGUCUGGAAUUUGAACGAUUAAGGUUCGUGUGGUGUGUGACUCACUUUUCUCUGAUCAGCUGGAUUUAUCACUUUCACAAUGCCUAGAGGUUAGGUAUUUUCACCAUUUGAAUGCCCGUUCUUCCAUUUUUAUUUGUUUCUGGUGCGACACCAGUGCUCCCCAUGCGUCUCUUUAUUUAAUGGACUUUCAUAAGGUAUGCAAGAAUGGGCCAAGUUUACACACUUAUAGGUUAUUUUGUCUUUUUUAAUGUGUUUCUAUUGUUGUUGGUUUAGUCAAAUUUAUAUUCUAGCACGAAAAGUUUUUGCAAACCUGGUUGGGCAUGUUAGCACGGAAAGGCAAGUAUUGGUGAAGAACAUUUAUUGGGCUCAACUGUGUGCCAUAUGCUAGAGCUUUAGGAUUUAAGGUGUGUUUUUAGUCAAUAAUUUUGUAUGAGUAACUUUACAAAAUUGGUGGAUAACUCCAUUUCUCUUCAGAAUGCAUAUUACAGAGCAGCUAUUUCUCAAAGUAGUAUGCGGAUAGUGCUUCUUGGUCUUCAUUCAUUACCAAAGGAUCUAUUUGUAAAAAAUUAAACAAAAUGAGCAUGAUUGUAAGUUUUCAGCAGUAUGUGGAUAACACUACUUGGUCUCCAUUCAUGGUUUGUAUUAGCUAUCUCUGUAAGCAGUAUGUGGUAAGCACUGCUUGAUCUCCAUCCAUUCGUGUUAAGCUAUUUGUACAUUUUAAUUUGGAUUUAAAAAUUUCUUGAAUACAGAAUUGGGUUAAUUUAUAAAACUGAUCCUUAUCUUUGAUCCUCUAUGUUAGUAUGGAGUAUAUGAGUAGUUGACCAAUAUAAAUGGAUCCUUUAUAUAUUGAUUUAAUAUAAUUUCGAUAUGAAC